CACUCAGAUUGUGCCAGAGAGCAAGAGAGAGGAACUGGGGUGAGCAAGCAUUGUGGCUUUGUCUGUUUCCUGUUUCAGCAAGGCUGCUGUGCAGAAAGAAAGACAGUACGAAGAAGGAAAAUGCUAAGGGGGCCCAGGGCCAUGGACUGACAGCUUGCACUUGACCCAGCUGCUGCCUUGCCCCAUCUGAGACCACAGCCAAGAUCUGCCCAGCAGCUGGAAUGCUUUCCUGAGCUGCUUGGUUUGGAGCCUGGGACCCAAGACCCAGGCAGCUAUUCCAGGAACUGGAAGCCAAGCACAACAGGUGCUCAGGAGGUCAUCAUGAUCAGCCUGGACCCCAGGCCUUCCCCUGGCUUGGCCCGGUGGGCUGAGAGCUAUGAGGCCAAGUGUGAGCGCCGGCAAGAGACCCGUGAAAGCCGCCGUUGCCGCCCCAAUGUGACCACUUGCCGCCAGGUGGGGAAGGCGCUGAGGACCCAGCAGAGAGAGCAGCUCCAGAGAGCACGACAACAGGAGUUCUUCAGGAGGAGGAACCUGCAGGUGGAGGAGAAAGGCAAGACACAGAGCCCCAGGGCCAAGGAGCACGGUCCCUCGAGGAGGCCAGGCCAGCCAACUGACCUCAAGGAGCCCUUGUCUCGGGCCAGCAGGAUCUCCUCCUCCCCCCGGCAGCAGGUGUCAGGAACCAGCUCUGACGCCUUUCCAACCCAGCGUCACCCUUCCUCAAGCACCCAGAGGGAUCUGGCUCACCUCUCCUCCCAGGCUGGGGGCCUUUCACCACAGGACUCUCCCAUCAAGAAGCCACCCACACACCACCGUGGCACUCAGACAAAGGCAGAAGAAGCCCAGCCAACAAUUAAGAAUGAUGCCAGUCAGCAAACCAAUUAUGGAGUUGCAGUUCUAGAUAAGGAAAUCAUCCAGCUUUCUGAGUACCUCAAAGAGGCCCUCCAAAGGGAACUGGUUCUAAAACAGAAAAUGGUGAUUCUCCAAGACCUACUGUCCACGCUGAUAAGGGCCUCUGACAGCUCUUGGAAGGGCCAGCUUAAUGAAGACAAAUUGAAGUGCAAACUGAGAUCUUUAGAAAACCAGCUGUACACCUGCACCCAGAAAUACUCCCCUUGGGGAAUGAAAAAGGUGUUAUUGGAGAUGGAAGACCAGAAAAACAGCUACGAGCAGAAAGCCAAGGAGUCGCUGCAGAAAGUGCUGGAGGAGAAAAUGAGCGCAGAGCAGCAACUGCAGAGCGCACAGCGGUCCCUGGCUCUGGCUGAGCAGAAGUGUGAAGAGUGGAGGAGCCAGUACGAAGCUCUGAAGGAAGACUGGAAGAGCCUGGGGACCCAGCACAGAGAGCUGGAGAGCCAACUCCAUGUGCUUCAGUCCAAACUGCAGGGAGCAGACAGUAGAGACUUACAGAUGAACCAGGCUCUGAGACUUCUGGAGAAUGAGCACCAGGAACUGCAGGCCAAGAUUGAACACCUGCAGGGGGACAGAGACCUGUACAGCUCGGAUACACAGCACCUACAAGAUCAACUGAAGAGGUCAGAGGAGGAGAAACUCGCCCUGGUGGCCAAAGUACAGCAGCUGCAGAGUCUGCUUCAGAAUCAAUCCUUACAGCUUCAAGAACAGGAGAAACUCUUAACAAAGAAAGAUCAGGCUUUGCCUGUGUGGAGUCCAAAGCCCUCCCAUAAGGAAGUGGAACCUGAGGGUACAGGGAAGGAGAAAGAACGGGAUUUCAGAGACCAGCUGCAAAAGAAGACUUUGCAGCUCCAGGCCAAGGAAAAGGAGUGCAGAGAACUGCAUUUGGAGUUAGACAACCUCAGUGACGAGUAUCUCUCCUGCCUGCGUAAGCUGCAGCACUGUCGAGAAGAGCUGAACCAGAGCCCACGGCCGCUUCCCAGAAGGCAAUGUGGCCAAUGGCUCUCGAUGCUGAUGGUAAUGAUUGCUAUAGCACUGGCAGUGUUCCUGGCCAACAAGGACAGCCUGAUGAUCUGAAUCACUUCGGACAGCUGCCUGAGUGAAAAUCUGAAGCAAGAAACUCAAAAAACUCAGAAAGUUUACAUACUUUAGAGUGUGGGUUUUCCCACAGAGAUUUCUGACUUUAUUAUUUUUUUUUAACCUACUGUAAAAUAAACUUCACCUAACAAG